AUGGCAUCGAUGAAGUUUGAUCUACCGCUGCUGGAUUACAAGACGAGAUUUGCGUUGUGGCAAGUCAAGAUGCGGACGAUUCUGGCACAAUCUUCGGAUCUUGAUGAGGCGCUGGAUGGUUUUGGAGGCAAAGGGCAGAAGUCAUGGACCGCUGAAGAGAAGCGGAAGGAUCGUAAGGCUCUAUCUCUGAUUCAACUUUAUCUACAUAAUGAUAUUUUGCAAGAAGUGCUGCAGGAGAAAACUGUCGCAGAACUUUGGCUCAAGUUGGAAUCGAUCUGCAUGUACAAGGAUCUAACCAGUAAGAUGCACAUGAAGAUGAAGUUGUUCACGCUCAAGCUGCAAGAAGGUGGUUCGGUGAUGAACCACUUAUCGAUCUUUAAGGAGAUCGUUGCCGACCUAGUGUCGAUGGAGGUUAGAGGUAGGCCCGAGCAGAAAACCUACAACAACAACAAUAAUCGAGACAAGAGCAAGAACGGUAAAGGUCGUUCGAAGUCUAGAGGCAGGGAUAAGUUCUACAGGUAUUGUAAGAAAGAUACUCAUGUCAUUGAUGAUUGUUGGAAGCUGCAGAAUAAGGAGAAAAGAAAUGGUACAUAUAAACCGAAAAACAAAUCCGAUGGUGAUGGUAAGGCCUCUGUUGUCUCUGUUGUUGAUAAUUCUGAUUCAGAAGACGUUCUUGUUGUUUUUGCUGGUUGUGUUGCUGGUCAUGAUGAAUGGAUACUUGAUUCUGCAUGCUCGUUUCAUAUAUGCUCUAACAGAGAUUGGUUCAGUUCUUACGAGUCUGUGCAGAGUGGAGAUGUCAUGCGUAUGGGAGAUAACAACCCACGUGAGAUUGUGGGCAUUGGCUCCGUUCAGAUCAAGAUGCAUGAUGGCAUGAUACGCACACUGAAAGAUGUGAGACACAUACCAGGGAUGGCCAAAAAUCUAAUCUCCCUCAGCACACUUGAUGCCGAGGGGUACAAACACUCCAGUUCAGCUGGAGUGUGUAAGGUAUCAAAAGGCUCUCUCAUUCAUAUGAUAGGUGAUAUGAAUUCUGCAAAGUUAUAUGUUCUUAGAGGAAGUAUUUUACAUGGUUCCGUCACUGUUGCUACUGUUUCUAAUGAUGAACCAAGUAAGACUAAUUUCUGGCAUAUGCAUCUUGGGCAUAUGAGUGAACUUGGUAUGGCAUAA